AGGCUUCGAUCAUAGCCGUCGCGAGGAAGGGUCUAUAGCCGCGCGAGACAUAAUUUGUUCAGAAAUAAAACGAACAAGUUAUGGAAAGGAACCCCUUUAGAGGAAGGAAAAUCCUUCGUCAGCACAUUUCAUCCUUUUUGCAAAAGGGUUUCGUGUAAAGCGAGCAUGCCUCAACACUGCAUUGUGUAUUUGCAGACCUUACACAAAAGACAUUACCAGGUCUAUAAUACAUUUUGGGGGGUUGCCCGUCUAAGAGUAUGACCGCAGAAGGCGCCUAGCAUUUGUUAGAGUAAGGAUUCCUUUCGAUGACUUGGGGUCGUUUACGACACGACUUUACAGGAGAAAAAGUUUCUUUCAAAUAGUAACAGCAAGGUUAGACGUAGGCAUUAAUGUUUGUUGCUACAAGCUUCGUGGCUCAGUCGUUUCAUCCUCCUGUUUCUCAAUCACCAUCGUUCUCGAAUUGGGCAUUUAUAAGUCUGGGAUUUUCCAUGCUCAGGUGGAAGUUUCUAUAAAGCUCACAGCAGUUAAUAGAUCUUGUUCAGCAAAAUCCAAUUGAUUUAUUCUCCAUUAGCAGAAUCAUAUCUUCACAAAACUCAAAAGAUCAACCAUGCAUUUCCCAAGCACCCUAGCUCUCCUCUCCUCACUCCUCGCUACCACUGUAGUAGCCGACCUUGGAUCAAAUGGAACAUCCAUCGCCGGAGAAGCAUCUGGUGCAGUGAACACCGUCACAUCAGAUUAUGCCCAAGCCAAGUCUACUCAAGAUACCCUUUCCUCAGCAUUAUCCUCUCUAUCCUCCGUUACAUCAGUAACAGCUACAGCCACCGGCUUUUCCUUAUCCUCCCUCAUAUCUGAAGCAUCCUCUCUCUCCGAAGCCGCCUCUUCAAUCUCUAAAUCCCUCUCCAAAUCCAUCUCUCAAGCUUCGACAUCUAGUGCUGCAUCCUUGAGCUCCCAAUCUAAGGUCGCAACAUCGGCCCAAGCUCAAGUUACUAGCAUCAGCGCUGAGAUUAACAGUUUGGAAAGCGUGGCAAGUACAGCUACGGGAAAGGCCAAAAGUGAGGCAUUGGAGAGUGCUAGUAGCUUAAGCUCAAAAUUCACAAGUACUAGUACUUUUGCUAUGCCGCCUGGUGUUACGGCAGUUUCGGGGGUUGAUUCGGAGAAUUAUAUCCCAAUUUGGGGAGUUGUGGUUGUUGGUGCUGUGGGACUGCUGGUCUAGAUUUUGGAUUUCUGAGAUAUUUUGAGUGUGUUUUAUGUGAUUUAGUUGCGGUGCACUAAGACGUUUUGUAAUAGAUAUAGAGUAGAAUA